AACUGGCUGCAACGUAUAGAGAGUUUUCAUUUUCCGACUGGGAACCAUGAACUUUGGCCAGAAAAUGAUAUAUUCAGGAAACGGACAUCAAUUAGUUUUAGUGAAUGCAAUACCUAUGCUUUAAAAGACGAGAAUGAUUUUGUCGGACCUUUUUUCAGCGGUUUACCAGUUGCUGUGGGACUCUACGAUAGAUUUAGCCUUCUUUAUCUUUGUUGAUAUUGUUGUGAAAACAACAUUAAAGGAUGUCACAACUGAAGCAGAGAGGAGGACUGUCUGGCUGUAUGAAGUAGCUGUGCUCACAUGUCUAUGCGUGAUCAUCUACCUGUGUGACCAUUUCCCAUUUGUACUUGUGACCCUCACCAUAACAACAUUGAUUGUGACCCAGUUUUUUAAUCGAGUUAGUCUGCAUCAGUGGUGGACAGCCCUACAAACACGUUGGGAUGAAUACCAACAGCACCAAGAGAGUAUUCACCGAGACCAGCGACUAUCCACCCAACAACAUGGCUAUCAAUGCCCUCCUCAACAGCCAAACUUCAUGGCUAGAAUGAUGCAGAAACUGUCCACUGCAUUUUCAGUGUUCAUUCCUCAGAGUGAAAGUGGCAAGGUAGCAUCAUCCAGAUUGAACAGAAACCAUGCCCAGCUAAAUUCUAACUCCACUGACCCAGGUCGAGAAAACCCUCAGGUUACUGUUCGUUGGAGAGGCAAAGGUCUUCACCAGGUGACACCAGAAGUUUACAGCAAGCGUGCACCAGGUGCAGGUGUUUCUGGUAGGGUAGCUGGGACUGGUAGUGUUGGGAAUCUCCGAGGAAUAACCAUUAAUAACACUCCCCUUCCGACAAAGGCCAUAUCCUCUGACAACGCAUCCAGUGUCUCUCAGAGCCCCACAGCAAGGAAACAACUAAGACACUCUAUUGACCACAACCUGUCACUAAAGUCUAAGGUGCUGUCUGUUUUUGGAAUCAAUCCGUACGUUAAAGUUCCCCCAGGGCUGAAGAAUGAGGGGCAGAAUUUGUGUUUUAUGAAUUGUGUCCUGCAGUGUUUGGCAAGAACUCCUCACUUGCUUGACCGUCUCUCAACAGAGGCUUACGAAGAAGCCAGCUGCAGUGUGGCUGAGUCAGCAUUUAUUAGUGCUUUAACAGAACUGCUUCGGUACUGUAAUACUUCACCUGGCACAAGUGACAUCGCAGCUCUUGAUCCCGUGGCCCUCCAGCAAGCAGCAUCAUAUUUGCCAGGAUCACCAGUAGUUCCUCUGGGUCACCGCCAGAUUCAACAAGAUGCCGGGGAAUUCCUUAUGUGGCUGUUGUCAACAGUGCAUUCAGUCCUCAAUAAGAACCGAAGAGGGAAAGAAGUUGGAAAUCCCAAGAGGAUCAGCGCUGACAGAUUUGACAGUGCCACACUGGCAAUGCUGAAGUUUGUGUAUGGUGACUUAAACGCUAAGCGGAUUCAGGAAUUGAAAUAUGCCUGCAGAAGAGAGAUUGAUUUAGCCAAUGGUUUGCAGAACGAGAGUUAUGCUGAGCCAAUUCAGCGCCUCUCUGAUCUAGAAUGGUUGACUUACAAGCAGGAAAACAUAUCAAUAGUGGAUGAUUUGUUUGCUGGGCAGCUUGUUGAUGCAGUCCAUUGCAUGACAGAUAAUCACAUAUCUGUUCACACACAGACCUUCAUAACACUCCCAGUUCCUAUUGUGGCCCCAAGGGAAUUAUCUGGACUAGUGUACCUGGAAGACUGUUUUACCAAGUUUUGUAACAUUGAACACUUGAUAGGACCAGAAGGCUUACAGUGCUCCAUGUGUGACAAUGGCCCACGGCCAGUGUAUCCUACGACUCCUGUCGUGCACACACCUCCACCUCAGCUUCCCAACUUCAGGCCAUACCCAACCCAGAGAAAAAGCAGUCUCAGGGACUCAGCCAUAGGGGCUUCAGACGGAGACUUUUCAGUACUCUCUCCCAUUCCAAACAUGAAUCGGGCAUCAAGUAAUGAUAGUGGGUACCAGGAUGUCCAAGUCCGCACAUCCACCCCCAUGUCUCAGGGUACCAAUGGAAGGAUGCCCCAGAUUUCUCCACCACGAAGGAUACGCCUACGAGAUGCCCAGCACAGGUGUUUGCUGCGCCAACUUCCCGAGUGCCUUGUCAUCCAGGUAAUGCGUUUUAUGAUGAAUAUGCAUGUGGGUGAUGUCCGUAAAAUCAGAGCACCUGUGCGCAUCCCACUAAAGAAUCUUGAUCUCACUAGUUUCAUAUUUGACACAGUGACGAAUCGUGAAGACAUGACAGCCGUCCAGAAUUACAGGUAUGACCUGUAUGCACUAUGUGCACACCUGGGAGGUGAGAGUACGAGCUAUGGACAUUACAUUGCCUACUGCAGGAGUGAGGACGGCUCUUGGCACAAGUUUGACGACGAAAUUGUCACUGAGGUCAACAUGGACUAUGAACUCACGACAAAGGAGAUACGAGAGAACAGCUACUUGCUUUUCUAUAGGCGGCAAGCUGGCAAGCCAAAUUCUGGCAGGUGAUCAGAGAUUUAAGUUUGGUUUUCUGCAUUAAGAAUGAUACCCUCCAAUUAUGCCACAUUACAAAUCAAUGCUAGAUGUUAUUGCAGGAAAUUGUAACAAGGAAACAUAUGUCAAGUUGUUGUAUUUAUGAGAAAAUGAGUGACCGUGACAGAAGAGACUGUGAACCAGUUAGGUUCAUAAACAUGUAUCCAUUGUAAGGGCUACACGCAUGACACUUCUGUUUUUAGCUCACCUGUAUGAAGUACUGGCGUAGCUUAUGUUGUACCCAGUGUGUUGGCGCAGGUGUCCAAUAAUAGAUAAAGCUAUGUUAAAAUGUUAGGGGUGGUUUCUAAAAAAGUGCUGCAUGUAUUGAGCUCUGGAUUUGCUCACAUGUAGAGCAGAAUAACAAGAGAGGGAUAUUCCAUCGUUGAUUUGGUGUGUGCAUAUUAACUAUCCUAAAUUACUGAGUUCCUGACUUAGUGUAUUAUGUAUAAGAAUCAGUGUUAAACAAAAUGUUAGGGUUGGUAUUUAAAAAUGCAUAUACAGCACAAUGAUGCAAGGAUGUUCCAUAGCUGAUGCUCUGUGGGCAUAUUACUUACUGUAAAUACCAAAUUCACAAUUUCAGUUCUUAAUGCAUUGAACUGAAGUUUUGCAUUCAUGUGUCUCUUUGGUAGCUUUGCUGCCAAUUCUAAUUUGUUGUUUUCUCUUAUCAUAUCCACUGUUUAUUUGAUGUAUUUGCAUUGUACGUUAGAGGUGAUACAGUUAUCAGCUUGUAAGUUUCACAUUUUGCCCUGAAUACAGGUGUUUGCUGUUCUCCGACACUUACUUUAGUAUAAAAAAAAUAUAUCAUUAUCGUCAGUUUUAUGUUUGUACAUGUAGUUUAGGUGAAUGUUCAUAAUGGUUAAUGUGUAAAAACAUAAAAAGACGGCUGUUUUUCAACUUGACUGGUUAUUCUGUUAAUUGUUCUUUCUUUUUGUCAAGAUUGCAGACAUUAUGGAGCAAGUAUGCUAUUUAACUAUUCUCUGCGUGACCUUCUUUUAUAGUUCUGUUGUUUUGCAUCACCAAACUUUUAACAGUCCCUUUCUCCAGAAACAUUUAUUUUCUCAUAAGAAUGGAAAAUCUUAAGGAAUUCAUUUUGUAUGUAAAUGUACAUAGACACACAUCAGUCUUGCUCUC